AGUAUCUCUUUGUCGUCCGCAUCCGACGGUUUUUUUUUGUCAGUUUAGUGUGGUGAAUGUUGAGCAGUGGUGAAACAGCUUUUGCUUAAUAUUUCUUUAAAGAAGAACGCAAAGCAGGCGUUAAACGACGAUUUCAUCCUCAAACUAAUUUGGACAUUUUUAUAUCUUAUAGAGAGUAAAAGAAUAAAAUUUGGACAAAAUGACGACCUAUAUAAAAAUAUUCAACGAAAGAAUUUCUGGCUUAUCUAAAGGCGUUGAUGAAACAGUCGAUAAUUGGUUUCUUAUGAGCUCUCCAGCGCCUGUGGUUUCAAUUGUUGCAGUUUAUUUGCUUUUUGUGUUAAAAAUAGGACCUGCUUUUAUGAAGAAUCGUAAGCCAUAUGAUUUGAAGAAAAUUAUGGUGAUCUAUAAUGCUUUUCAAGUUUGCUACUCGAUUUGGAUGUGUCGUACCUCAAUCAAAGAAAGCAACGUGAUGUCUUCUAUUUUUUCCAAAAAAUGUGAAAUCGUACGUAAUCGUGAGCAAAAUUUAAUGUUGUACUCUGGUGCCUGGUACUAUUUCUUCUCCAAGAUCAUUGAUUUGCUGGACACCACAUUCUUUGUGCUACGUAAGAAACAAAAUCAAGUAUCAUUUUUACAUGUCUAUCAUCAUACCAUAACUGCACUCUUCUCUUGGGGAUAUCUAAAAUACGCUCCUGGUGAACAAGGUGUGAUUAUUGGCAUACUCAACUCAGGCGUACACAUUAUAAUGUAUUUCUAUUAUAUGGUGUCUGCUAUGGGUCCACAAUAUCAGAAAUAUCUCUGGUGGAAGAAAUACAUGACAUCCAUUCAAUUGAUACAAUUCGUUUUGAUUCUCAGUUAUAUGAUUUUGGUCGGCGCUAAAGGAUGCAACAUGCCAAAAACAUUAACAUUCUUCUUUGUUGCCAACACCAUCAUUUUCCUGUAUCUCUUCGGUAACUUCUACAGAAAGACAUACAAUUCAAAGAAAGGAAACAGUAUGGCUAGCGCUGCAUUACGCGCUGCUGGCGGUAUGGGCUGUCAACCAACAAACGCAUUCCUCGCCCAAGGCGAUCAAAUGAAGCGCUUGAUCGAUGUGAACAACAAUAAUGUGAAAGCUAUGAAGGCCGAAUAAUACACUGGAUAUGGGUGGGACAGAAAUGUGCCUAAUUUAUAGUGAUUUCUUUAUUUGCUUUCAUUUAACUAAACUAUAUAGUUAUAUUUCAGUAGGUAAUGUUUGGGGUUAUAGUAUUAAGGGCCUAAGAUCACACAUAUAAAGUAUUGUGAAAUUCUUGCAUGUUUGGGUCGUGAAUGUUGUGUGUAAAUAAUUUGUUUAUGAGUGUGAAUGUGUAAAAUAAGUAAAAACCAGAACUCCAAAAGCCAAUAAUACCAAAAUUACAUGUAAUUAAUAUAAUUAAAUAAUUAAAUAAGGAGUUUCAUUAGAUUGACAAGUGUGAUAGCAUUCGUUUGUAUGUGUACGUAUAUUUGUUAUACAGAAGACAAUUAUGCAUGAUUAAUUAUGAGUGCAAAUAAUUUUAUAAUAAUUUUUUAAUAAUUAAUUAG